UGAACCAAUUAGGCAAUUAAGGUAACUUAAAUACAAAGAGCCCUCUCUUGCUCUCUCCACCAACAAUAAUAUGGCAAAGGUAUAUUCUGUGUUUCUUUGCGUCCUCUUGAUCUCAGUCCUGUUCUUCCCAUUAACAUCAGCUGGAAGAGUACUACUUGAUAAACCUCAAAAGGCAGAUGAUGUGAGUGGAAAGCAUAGCAAUGGUGGGAACAAAAUUGGAGUAGAGGGCAGUCAUUCGAGCCCAGCCCACUCUGCCAAAGGCCAUGCGUCUCCCUUCCACGCAAACCCCUCCCAUGUUGUUAAUCCUACUGUCACAGGUCCAAAAGGCACGGCGUAUGCUGACAGUUUUCCUUGCGAAGGUCGCAAAUGCCUAAGAACCGAAAAAUGCAACCCAACCAAAGUUCGCGGAUGCCGAUAAAUCUUCAAUACACCCUGAAAGAAGUAGAGAUUUAUAGCUUAUGCUUGUAACUUUGUUUAGAAAUUGGAAGGCAUUAUCAGAAACUAGUAUUAUGCCUCGUGGUAUAUUUGGCUUGAUGGUCUAGUUUGUAACUUUGUUUCUUUUUGGACAAUUGUUGCUAUUUUUGCAUUGCUUGUUAUGGAUAUGGUAAUAACAACUGUGAUUUGAUUUGGAUAAUCUACAUACUAUUUAAGGCUCCA